AUGAAGAAGCUGUGGUCGGGUAUUAAGUCUAUUAUUAAUUCUAGUGAUAAUAAUCUUAGAGCUGCAAUUCAUCUUGAUGGCAUCAAUGGUAAUUUAAUAACUGACUCGGAGGCUGUUGCUAAUACUUUUAAUGAUUUCUUUGUCCAUGUUGGUAAACAAACAGAGCAAUCUGCUCCUAUGGGUUCAAUCCCCUUCACAUCUUUUUUGAAGGGUGAUUAUGGUAAUUCGUUUUAUUUUUCCCCUGUUUCUGAAUUUGAGAUUUCGUCAGUUAUUUCAUCUCUUAAUUGUAGCAAGUCAGCUGGACCGAAUAGCAUACCCAUAUAUCUUUUGAAAAUACUCAAUAAUAAUAUCUCUUUCUCUGUCUUUCAAAAAUAAUUAAUGAUUCUUUUUUACAUGGCAUAUUCCCUGACAAAUUUAAAAUAGCUAAAGUUACGCCAAUAUUUAAAAAGGGUUCUAGAACUGACAAGAGCAAUUAUCGACCAAUAUCAGUUUUAUCAAUUUUCAGCAAAAUUUGUGAAAAAUUAGUUUAUAAAAGAGUACUAUAAUUAUUUAGAGUAUCGCAAUAUUCUUAAUGAAUUUCAGUUUGGAUUUAGAGCUAAUCGCUCUACAUCACAUACAUUAUUAAGUACUUUUGAAAAUUUGAAGGAGUUUCUUGACAAAGGUUCUUUUGGAGUUGGUUUAUUCAUAGACUUCAAAAAGGCCUUGGAUACCGUUAACCAUCAUAUUCUUUUAAACAAACUUGAAUUUUACGGAUUUAGAGGUGUUGCCAAUAAAUGGUUUCAGUCCUAUUUGACAGGUAGAAAUCAAUAUAUCAAUUAACGGUAUUAACCCAAGCCUUAAAGCUAUUUCUUGUGGAGUACCGCAGGGAUCAGUUCUGGGACCCUUACUUUUCUUACUUUAUAUUAAUGACCUGCCGUAUUGUUCCAAUCGAUUGGUAUUUCAUUUAUUUGCUGAUGAUACAAACAUAUUCUUUUCAUCCAAAAAUCUCAACUUGAUUCAAACUACUUUAAACAUUGAAUUGAAAAAUGUUUCACAAUGGUUGAAUGCGAAUAGACUGCACUGUAAAUCUCGCGGUGUUGCGGCAACACCAAAAAGGUGUAACAUUACACUAAUUAGGUGUAAUGUGGAAUUAAACACAGUUUGAGUGUAAUAUUACACUUCCACAGUGUAACUUUACACUAUUUUAGUGUCUCGGUAACACUUACUAGGUGUAAAGUAGAAAAUAUUGUAUUUACACCUAAUUCGAUGUAGAUUUACAUUAGAACGGUGUAACAUUACCUCUUUCCCUGUUAAUUUACACCUUGCGAUAGUGUAAAUAUACACUUAUUCGGUGUAAAGUAUACCAACACUUGCGAAGUGUAAAUUUACACUUUUCCUGGUGUAUCAUUACACCUACAACGCGUUAAAAUACACGGAGCUGAGGUGAAGUAGAAACUAAUGUAUUAACUAUUAUUGCAGUGUAAAUUUACCCUUAACAAGUGUAAAUUUACCCAAUUCUUGUGUAUGGGAUAACACCAUGAUAGUGUAAAUAUACACCGGAGUGGCGUAAAAAUUAUGAAUGCUUACUUAGUGUAAAUCUACACUGAACCAUGGUGUAUAAUUACACUAAGACUAUUUUAAGAUACACUGAUCUAGUGUAAAGUAGACACCGAAGUAUUAACACCUUUUAUGGUGUAAAUUUACCCUCAAACGGUGUAAAUUUAGCCUAUUCUUGUGUAUGAGAUAACACCAUGAUUGUGUAAAUAUACACCGGUAUGAUGUAAAAAACAUGAAUGCUUACUUCGUGCAAAUCUACACUGAACCUGAUGUAUAAUUACACUAGACUAUUUUAAGAUACACUGAUCUGGUGUAAAGUAGAAAAUUAAACGAACUAUAAACACCUGUUAUGCUGCAAACAUACCCUCAAACGGUGUAAAUGUACCUAGCUAAUUCUGGUGUAUGUGAUAACACCAUGAUAGUGCAAAGUGUAAACAUACACCAGAAUUUGAAGCUCAGAUAGGCUAUUUCCAGCAUCUUGAGGAGUGUUCCAACAAGAAAUUAACUUUAUAAACAGUGACAUAAUUACUGCAAUUUUACAAUCUCCCAAAUAUAAUCCAGUCCCAAUAAGGCAACAUGAUGUGACGAUGGCGGUAAUGAAAAUGUGCGUGGUAUAGUAUUAUCAUUCACCACACUUCAAAUUUUACAGUACUGUAUUCCUUUUUUUGGGUACUUGAUAUCGACGCAUUCGUUUCUCAGUGUCACUGAACGGCACGAUGGGGUGGUCUCUUUGGAGUAUCUUUGCUUGGAAAAACUUAACUAGAACCUAAAAUGUCAUUUCAUGCCUUUUUCCACGAGCCAAUUAUUUCAGCCAUGGUUUAGGUUUCUGGCGAUGUUUAAAUUUCAGUCCCCAAAAUUCCUACCGAGGCAUGCAACUAACUCGGUUGACUCAUAGCUAGUUACGGACCUGCAGAUGAUGGUCAAAUUCAGAAAUGUUAACAGCUUGCAACUUCAUUUUCUCACUUUGAUAUACAAUUGCUGGUUGACCACCUUCUGCAGAUAGUUUUUAGGGACCUUGCACUGGGGAGGGGGGGGGGACAAAAUUACUGACUGGAGGGGCCACUAAGAGGGCUGGGGGAGGGGGACAUGUAUCCGCAGUCUAUAUGUUAAAAGAGGCCCUGAGUCAUUUUAUCCAAUUUAAUUGGCCUGAAUAGUACUCCUAGGAGUUUACGUGGAAUUCGUCUUGGUUUAUUUCAUAAUUAUUUAUAUCCAAUCUAGCAAAAUUUCUACGGGGGCGGAUUCGUAACUGUAGUCUCCAGAGCGGUAGAUCUCCUACGUACAGUCAGACAGCCGUGAUAACUAAAAUUCGUAAAAUUAGGUGUUAUAUUGCGUCGUAAAUGCUUUGAUUAUUGUCGUUUAAGCAAGAUAUAAUAAGACAGCUAGAAUUUUGAAGAUAGAAAUUAGAAUUAAAAGUUUCUGUCAAAAAACCGCAAUACACUUUAAUUUGCACUGGAUUGUUCACAUGAUUGAGAUCAGUCCCUUCAGUCAAUCGCGUUGCCAUAUAUGGGCUCCCAGAAGGCUUAGCGGGACACAUUUCGAGCGCGUCCUUUGGAAAUUUUAUAACGCUGGUUGAUCCCCGAGCCGGCGGCGCGAAGCGCCGUGCGAGGGUACUAAUUCCCCCCGGCUAUUUACACCCGGGGAAACGAAAGCAUUAGGGAAGUCUGAAGUUCAUCAAAUAUCGCGGGCGUGGGUCACUGUGCGUGUUUCGGUCACUGAGCUAUACUAUAUUACUGGAGGACCUGCUCGGGAUAAAAAAGUGUCCGCAAAAACAUGGCGGAUCUUACGCCAUUUCCAUGACAACACUUACUUUAUUUUCAUGGUAAUUGCCACUGACCAACCGCGAUCCUAAGCUUUUGAAGAUGUCCUUAACCCCCCUGGUUUUUGCACAGAUAUAUUUAAUAAUAUAAAGAUAUUUCAAGUUUUCUGUUGUUUUUGAGCAAAAAUCUUAAUAUUUCCCUCGCACAUUACUUGUUUUACAACGCCGGUUUGCUUCGCUUGUGGAUGCAGCUCUUUACUACAGAGAAACUAAAAAGAAAGACUAUAAAUUCUUUCAGGUAAGAUUCACAAAACUUUUUUUGUAUUAAACUUUCUAGACGACUAGCUAGUCUGAGACUCUGAGUCACUCAGUCCACUAGACCCUUCAUAUUAUGUCAAAAACUCAUCAUCCUAUUAAUAUAUACAGCAAAUAUUUCAUACAUAAAAAUAUUGUUGAUUAAAUAUUGUGUACUACAUGAAAUUAUGUUGUUUUCAGUGUCAGCACUGGCCUGCCCUUUGUGGUUUUAAUAUUGCCAGACUGACAGUUUUUAAUUACUUGUAUAAAUUGUGGUUGUUUACAUGUUCAUAAAGGUUUAAUAUGGUGUGAAAUUUAUAUACUUGCCCAUCAUAAUGCAGAAUUAAUAUAUAUAGAUAGCACAAGACCAGAGAGACUUGAGUAGAGGAGGCCCACCUACAUUUGACAAUGUGCCCUAGCUGUUCUGAUGAGCCCUAUAUAAAAGACUAGCUGUCUUUAUUGUUUUACUCUGUCUGUCUAAUGCCAGAUGAUUUUAAGAGGAGACUGUUCAUGCUCACUGCUGCCUCGCAGUGGGUUAAUUUAAUACACUAUCUGCCAAUGAGCAGCCCCUGAGAUAUAUCGGUCAGCCCAUUAAGCUGCAAAAUUAUGUGCCCAAAUGAACCCUAGCUACUUUCUUACUGGGACUGCAGAACAGGAGGGGCAUGCUCCCCCCCCCCACACUUUUUUGGUGGAUAAUAAAAAUUACCGGAUAAAGUCUGGACAGCGCCUGCCUGUGUGGAUUAGCUCCCAUGCUAUCCUGCCCCCCCCCCCUUUUAAACAGGCUCCAUGGUCCCUGUUUUAUUUUACUCUAUCGGUGAGACUAAAUCCAGAUGUUUUACUCACCAAGGGAAGAGUCUUAAAAAAUAGAUAACAUUUUACCAUUGUCUGUUCAGAACUAUAUAAAACUAUGUAGUUUACAUAGUAUAUGAUGUCAUAGUUUGGAAGUGGUGAUGUCCGAUUGCUCUGUGAGAAAUUAUGACAAAAUUUGCUAAUAAUAGUUUGACAUAUUUUAGCAGUUAGUUGGGAAUGUAAUUGCAUUGCUGAAUAUGAAAACACAACACUUAAUUUAUAAGCUUGGAUCAAUAGACUAGUAAAAUUGUCUGACAUAAUACAGUAAGGCAAAAAUAAUACAGUGAGGCACAUCAAAACACAUUGCCACUUGAGGGGUUAACAUAUGUGUAUAUCAUAUUUUGUGGUGUAAAGAUGUAUAAUGUAUCAUGAUAAUGUCGUCUUUUUUUUUGCAGAAAUGAUCUGUUUAAUAUGCAAAAGAGAUGGCACAGGCAUCAACAUGCAGAAGAACAUGCAGAACAAUUACAAAAUGAAGUUAUAAUUACAAUACCAUGCAUAACAAUUAUUAUAAUUAAUAAAUAAUUAUAUGAUUAUCAUAAUUUUAUUGAAGUGUAAAUAAGUUUUAUAGCAAUUAAAAUUAUACAUUUUUGUUUUUUAAAUUGUUUACUGCUAAUAAUUUUACAAAAAGUCAAAUACACCCUUCCAGAAUGUAUGUCACUUUGGCUAUGGAGCCUUGUUUUCAUGUAUGUGGCAUGAGUUUUAGUCCAAUGCAUGUCUCAAUCAUGAAAAUUACUCUAUAGCCUAUAGCCAAGGUGACAUAAUUUCUGGAAGCAUGUAAAAUACAGUAUGUUCAGUUUCCAAAGAUGUGGCUUGGUACUGCAUUUUUCCACCCACAAAGGAGUGUGUCAUUGUGGAAUAAAUCUGCAAUAAAAAAGAAUAGAUUAAUUAUACAGGUUGUACAAGAAUCCACCAGUACCAUAAUUAUAGCAUAUGAUCAAGGUAAACAUAAGGAUGUGACCUAACAUACUCCUCAGCUUAAACCAGUAUCAGAACCAUAAGUGUACUUAUAAAGUAAAUUGUUGAUUCAGAGUGAUAUUUACUGAGAAAACUUGUAAGAAAACAGGCCAUCCUGGGAAUGAGGUGUGAUCACACUGACACAUGUAAUGCCUUGGCACACACCUCAGCGAAACCUUAUUACCUCAGCUUAGGGAAAAGUGAUUUAUCUCAAGCCUCUAUAUUACUAUUUAUAUGACACAAAAAUCAAGAAGUAUUCCCAACCAUGCAAGAAAGCUAGGUAGAAACCACCUUCCCAGAUCAGCUGACAGCUUCCAGCACCCCCAGCUUAUACAUAAAAUUAAGUGGUGCAUAACACAAAACCUAAUUCCCUCUUUUAAAACUAAAAGAUAAGUCUGAUAGUAGAUGUCAAAUAAGAUAUAAAAGUCUAAAUAAAAUUAAAUAUGAAAAUACGUCUUUUACCUUUGUAAAUCCGAGUGUAAAUCCAUAUAUUUCAAGUAUUGUCUUUUCCCACAUUUCUUGAGUUUUUAAAAUUAGUUUGUCGUCUUUCACGGGCGAGAUUAAACACGUACGACUUGGAUAUCUUUGACCAAAUGGUCAAAGGCAGAAAGUUUAUCUCGAAAAUAUUUUAAAAAAGGAUUCAAAACAACGAGAAGUUGAGAACUAUAUUUAUCUGCAAAAAUGUUUUGCAAAAACCAGGGGGGUGUGAAAACGGCAGUGGGCUCAGAAUUGAGCCUGGUCAGCAGUGCUUCCAUUUUCAAGGAAAUUUCCUUUUCUAAGGAAAUUCUAGUGUCGAAAAGGAAAAUCUAAGGAAGAGAAAAAAUCUAAGGAAAUCUAAGGAAUUUUUCCGAACAACUUAAAUAUUCAUCCAAGUGCAUUAGUGCAGACGAAAGUUUCACUAUUUCUUGAAUUUUGAGUGAAUCAUCAAUUAUGUUUAAUUAAAAAUCUGUUUUUAACUUUUUCCUCGUGUUUCCGAAAACGUCUGAAAGUUUUUGAGGGAUGAGAUUUGGUAACUUUUGGCGCCAAACGCUGUGAAUAAUAAUUAUUCAUAUCAAUGGAAGGUAUAUGCAGGGACCGCGGAGACGGGGGGGGGGCUGGGGGGGCUUUAGCCCCCUCACUUUUUUUGACAGCCAAAAUUAUUAAAUUUUUAAUAAAUAUUAUUUUUAAGGAGGGCUUAAAAUUGUUAAGAUACUCUUAGUUUAUAAAGUAGCCUAGUAAAAGGAUUGCAUAGAAGUUUGUAAAAGCUCUAAAUUUUGUUACUUUUAUGACGAUGGUCUUGGAGAUUUUUUGCUAAAGUUCCUCCAAAAAUGCAGGAAAUAGCGUUUAAGGUAAUAGAAAAUUGAACAUUUUCCUUGGGGGUUUUAUUGAUGAUUUAGCCCCCCCACUCUCUAAUACGCUCCGCGGGCCCUGACAUGUUGUGAAUUCAUAACAAAUAUUUAAUUUUAAACAGUAUUAAUAGUUUAUAAUAGCCUGUGGUUUUUUAGCUAGCCAUCAUCUUUGUUAAUUGUGCUAUUUUGUGCCUUUAAAAUUGAUUAAAUCCUUUGUAUUACUACAAAAGCACUGCAAACCGCCUAAUGAAAUUUCAAGGAAUUUUCAAGGAAAUAACGUAUACAAUCUAAGGAAUUUAGAGAAAUUUUGAUGACAAAAAUGAGAAAUUUUGAUUUUGAAAAUGGAAGCACUGCUGGUCAGUGGUACCUACCAUGAAAAUAAAGUAAGUGUUGUCAUGGAAAUGGCGUCAUUUUCACUCAAAAUCCGCCAUGUUUUUGCGGACACUUUGUUGACUGAACGAAGUAUAGGAGCAGGUCCUCCAGUUAUUAUACAGCUCAGUGAUUGAGACACACAGGAAAGUCAUUAGUUAACACUCAAAAACCUGUCAACUGCUUAGGGAAAUUGUUUUGUAUAUUUCAAAUGCCCCUGGAAACCCCUGCCCUGGAAAAAGGAUGAAAAAGUCCUGGAAAACCCUGGAUUUUUUAAAUUAUGAAGGUGUUUGAACCCUGAUUAAAAAUAUUGUCUAUUUUCAUGUAAAAUGUCAAAGCUUGUUUGUCAAGAACAUUUGACAACUUUUGAUCUGAUGAACCAAUUACAUUUAACUAGCCUCAUGUUGAUUGUCUGAACUUUGUAUGCUGGUCAGUGUAAUACUACAGUAUAUGUACAUUGAAGUUUCAAAUUUCAAGCAAGAGUCGACAAUGUUUUAUUUGCAACUGUUCUCCAGGUAUAUUAAUACAUAAUGUUAAACUAAAAGUCCUAUUUAUCUGUGAUUAUGUUUUUCUUUUUGUAGCUUUAAAAAAGACUCACUGUAGAAUAAGUCAACAACAAGCUUGUUGUUUCAUUACUGGUGUUCAUCACAUUAAGGAUGUAUCAAAGCCAGCCAUCACACAUAAGUAUGUAUAAAAUCAAACAGCUGCAGUGUCAAGUAUACACUACAACUGCCUACUACUGUCUUCACCUUCACUGGCUGUUCAAGAUUUUAUCAUGUAUAAAAUCAUGCUAUUAAUUUUGCUGCAUUUACGGACUUACGGUAGUUACACAAUAAAGGCAGACCAGUGGAUGGGGGUAGAAUAACUGGAAUUUAUAUUCACAUGAAAAGAGAGUUUUCUCUUCCAAUUUGUUUGGUCUCCCAUUGGGAUAGGGGUUGCAUCUCCUUAGAAAUUUGUACAAACAGUUGGGCUCAGGAACAUUUUCAUUAUUUAGAACUAUAUAUAUACAGUGUAUUUAGGCCAAAUAAAAAAAAAAUGCUUGGUUAGCGUCACACUCCCACAAUUUUCAGAGGCGGGAGGGCGUUUUUUUUUAAAAAAUUUUUUACUCGUUUUUUAAUUUUUUAAUAGUAUUUUUGGAGGGGAUGGGGGGCGGUUUUUCCACCAUAUCGGUGAUAUUUUUUGUACUGAUGUUGCGAAGGCCGCCAUUUUGCUAUAAGAAUCUUGUAUACCCAAGCCCACGGCGAUGCUCCUAUCAAUCAGUAUAUAGCGUGAAGGUCUGAGCAUAAGAGAAAUUUCAAAUAUUAAACUGUUUUAGGCUAUAAAACGAAGAGAUUUACAUAACAAAAUAAAAAAUUCAGAGGCGGCAGAAUUUGAGAGGCGGGCGGUGAUGCUAACCAAGUUUUUUUUUAUUUGCCCUUACUUAUCCUAUUAAGUUGCAUUGCACCCUUAUUGUAAGCAUCAAAUGAACUAUAUGUUCCUUGGAUCCAGUCCCCCCUUUAAUAUGCAACCCUUUUCAUAAACAGUCACUUUGAGCUGUUAUACAGUAUCUCCAAAACUAAAAACUUAAUAAAAAAUGGAGAUAGAACUUAUUAAUAAUUAAAUGUUUAUGCUUUAUUUGAAUCACCGUGAAUGCAUUUUGGGUUUAUGAGGUGCACCUUCAUGAGUGAAGUCUUGACCUUUUCUUAUCUUGCUUUUGAAAAUGUAGCAAUGAAAUUAUUUUUGCUCCUGACUUGGUUAAAGUCAAGGUAUGGUAAACUAUCAAAUGAAUGCUUUCAUUUUUAUUAAUUUCUUUCCUGUAUACUCAAUUUUUACAAACGUUCUGAAAUGUACCAUAUAAACUUACUCUUGGUGGUAUUAACAAGCCACUCCAAAUGAAAUUCUAGUUUACUGUCCAGCUUGUAUUCACAAAUGCAUGUGGGCAUGGAGUCCAUUGUCAUUAUUGACAAUCCAGAAAGUAGCACUAUUUUCUGAACUCUUGGGAAGCCCAUUUGCAAAACACUUUUCAAUACAUGCAAUUUCGAUCCAGUAUAAUUAAUAGUUGUUUACAGCUUACUGCUUAAAAUGCAUUGAAAUCAUGAAUUGAAAGUCGUGAAAAAUGAGCGAGAGUGCAUAUUAUUUAAGUCAGAAUUUUAACAUCUUUAUAUGUCAAUAUGUGGCAAGUCAAUGGAAAGUUUUUCUUGCAUGCACUCUCAAAAUUUAUCACAAUAAAACAACUUGGCUUAACUUCUUGAUCGUUUACAAUAAAAUACAAUUUAGCUCUCUCAUACAUGUUUUACAUUACACUACUGUAUUGUACCAUGUUACAGUAACAUAGAGCAUUUUCUUGGUCAUUUCAGGCAAUGCCAUUUAGUUUGCAAGAGGGUGGUAAACAUAUUGUUGACAUUCUCAACAACACUACUGCAUCUGUUGUGGUUAUAUUUGUACGGACCUCAGGUAAUUUGUAUGUAAGUUGUAACAUACUGUAAUUAUUACCAUGUUAUAUUUUACACUUUCUUUUCAUAAUGACUCAAACUGCAAACACGUACUCAUUUGUUUAUUACUGUCUUUCAUUUUAUUAAGAGGAGAAUCUUUUGUAUGUUACGUAACACGCGCUCAAAACUAAUGCAUAUAUUUCAAACUUGGUUGUGACUAUAAUCAAUUUUUUAAAUUUUUGAUACGUUUCUCAAAGGCAAACAAACUUUAAAAGUACAGUAUGUUUAGUGCUUUAUCUGUGAAAUAAUGCUAAAAUGAAGAGAUUUUAGAUGGUGUGCCAAAGAGAAAAUGAUGUUCUGAACACUUUUCACUGAUCGUAUUGCUCGCAGUCUACACUGAUCGCAAAUGCGCAACAUUGUCAUUGAAAAUAUGGAUUAAUAAUGCAAUAACGGCAGGGACCUUUGGCAAGCACGACUAUACGGUCGCCUGCAUGCCCGCUACAGCAAGAAAAAACUCGUGCAAAUAAAUUAUUGUUAAAGAAAUUAAGAAAUCUUGCAGUCGUGCAUUAUCCAUCCAACUAGGAAAUUUUGGGUACUUCCUCUCGCAGCUUGAAAUGUAUGGAUUGUAUAACACGUGUAUUGCCAUUUUAAACAGAGCGAAGACAACAUGUAAAACCCCUUAAGCUUUACGUAUUCAUUCUUUUCCACACUAUGAAUUUGUACUGUAUGAAUCGCCGGCUGCAGGGAACAGGGAACAGACUACAGGUAGCACAUGGAGGAAUAUUGGUGAAAUUAUAUUUGACCAACCGAUGCAAUGAGACUGAAGAUGCAGGUGUACAAAACGAUGGUAAGACCCGGUGAUCCUCUUUGGCGCAGAGACUUGAACGUAACAAUGAAGGAAGAACAAGUUAUGAAAUUGGAGGUAGUAGAGAUGAGAUGUCUACCAGCUAUUAGAGGAGCGACAAGACGUGAGAGAAUGAGAAACGAAGAUACUGUAUAAGAAAAUAGUGACGAAACUGAGAUACGAGAAAGUGGACUAAGAUGGUACGGCCACGUGAGGAGAAUGGAGGAAACGAGUUUGGCAGAUGGGCUGCGUGCCGUAGCGUAGGGAAUCAGGAAGGAAGGGAGGACGACCGAGGAAGCGGUGGAUGGAUUGUGUGCAGGAUGAUGGUAGAUUGGUGGAUCUGGACAAAGUUGACGACAGAAUAAAGUGUAAAAAGGUGUCGAGGCGACCCGACCCCCCUUGAGGGGACAAACGGAUGAUGAUGAAUCCCCGGUGUCAUCACGUUGCCGAACUUCUUGCUGUCAUGUAAAGAUACGUAAUAUGUCAUCUGCAGUGAUUUCCCCUCAUUUCACACUUUUCAUUCAAACUUGUAUCUAUAUACCGAAGAAUUUCGAAAUCAAAGUCCUAAAUUUCCAGUACGUAUCUGUAAUGUAACGACUUACAUACCCAUCUCUUUAAUAUGUAGUCCUUGCAAAAGAACUUGUUGAAGAACUAAAAGAAAAUCAUUUCAAUGCCAAAGUUGUAGAUGAGUCUUUAAAAGUAAGGUUAAAUUCAAAGACACUGUCACUUUAUCGAUAAUUUGUUGUUUUGAUAGACUAUAUAAAAAUUCGCUCACGAAAAAAUAGUGCAAUCCAUAUACUAUGGAAUCAUAUUUGCAUCACUAAAUGCAUAUACUGUAGUAUAUCCCAUACUUUUUCUAUACCGUAUCCUGGUACUAUGGGAAUGGCAAUUACAGUGGCAUGGAAAUUAGCCGUGCUGGUUACAGUAUUUCCAACUAAGAUCCAUACUAUUUCCUGCAUAGAAACGAUUUUGAAAAAAGUUUUCAGUGUAAGUAACUCCAGAAUUGAACAAAUUAUGUAUUACUAAUAUUUAUUAUAUAAAGUAUAGUGCUUUAUAGAGAUUUCGAGCACUGAUAAAAGUGAUAAUCUCACAUGUGAGAUUAUUCAUGAUAAUCUCACAUGUGAAAAUUAUCUCUUUUCAAUUGUCGCUUUUCUGUAAAAAUUAUCGCUUUUCAAAGACUGUCCUUUAUAUAAUAAACAGAAAAAUACAUGGGUGCUUGGAAAUACCAGAUUUAUUUCUCGUGUUGAACAUGAUAUCUCACUCGUUCGCUGCACUCACUCGUGAGAUAUCAUGUUCAACACUCGAAAUAAAUCUGGUAUUUCCGCGCACCCAUGUAUUAUUCUCUAUUUAAUUUUCAUGUGAAUACAUGCACUUUGAAGAAACGUUUGAGAAUAUAAAAAUAUCAAUGAGAAAGGUUCAUGUCGCCAUGCACUCACUAAUUCGUGAUAUAACCUUCGUAGAAGGAAACUUUUACAAUGUCGAUCGCGGCCUUCAGUAUAGUAUGUUACGUGUUAAAGCUUCGUGUUAUGUCUAAUAUUAACCUUUCCCAUAGUUUGAUGUUGGUAAAUUUGGACAAAGUAUAUUUGUGGUGAGUUGUUGAAUUGCACAUUACUAUUUAACAAGUAAAAGUCUUCUAUAUACAAUUAAAGAAUGCAUCAUUGUCGAGGAAGGUUCUUGUGGACAACAAAUUUAGUUUCCGUGAUGCAGUAUGUCAUAUAGUCAUGAUCGAUCGUCUUUUCUGUUUUCCAGGUUAGUGAUAAAAUGUCUGUCAUGGUUUCCCUACCUCCUGCAGAUCUACUUAUUCAAGGUGAUAUAAUUACUGUCAUGAAUAUUCUCCCCCCGAAUAUUUUCCCUCGUGAAACAAGACACCUUGGUUACUACAUUACUCAACGUUAUAAUCAAUGUAUUUACGAGUGGAAUGCUUUUAGCAAAUUGUAUAGCAUAGCAAUCUCCAUUGUGUACCAGAAUAUGCCUUUCAUUGUGACCUGUUUUCAACGAAUCUGUUCGGAUAUUUAAUAAUGUAAUGCUUAGGAAUUAGGUUUUUCUCGCCCGCAGUUUCGUCUUUCCCGCGCCUCACGUCCCUAAUUUAAAAACCUAACAAUAAUCUAACAUAACUUUUAGUUCCUCAACAAUUUUUGGCACAUCAACUCUCCAAACCCUCAAUCGCCAACUACGCAAAAUGCAGUACGUUACAUUAGGAAGGGGUUCUUGAAUCCCAAUUUCCGCGCUCAAAUUUGCAUAUGUUCAAUUUAGAUAUGUUCAAUUUCUCGUUUCACGAAUUCUAAAAGUCCCGAAUCCCGCCAUUAUUGUUCCUUUCAUCAAUUAUACAGUAUUACCAAAAGAAACUUCACUCUAUCAUCAUCGAUCCAUUGUGAACCCUUUUCUAUAGUAUAUUUUGUUUAUUAAUUUCAGUUCAAGCCCCGCUAUCUGGUGUUGAUGUAAUGAAUCAACGUCUCCAUAUCAGUAACUUUACCAACACGCUGGGAGAAGCCGUGGUCUUAUACAACAGUAACGAUGUCAACUUUAUAUCCAAGGUAUAGGGAGUAUACUGUAAAAUGUAAGAAUCUUGAACUGUCUGUGCCAGUGUAGAUAGUGCCAAUAAUAUGAACAAACUUUCGUUGGUGGGGAUGCAAUUACCUGAAAAAUAAUAAGAGAACUUCGAUGUUUCGAGCGAAGGCACUUCGUCUGGAGUUACUUCGUCCAAUACUGUAACACACUAUGUAAUUCUGUCUUUAAAUUGUUGGCGAUUGUUUCCAUGAAGUGAUUAUAUGUUGAGUCAGUCGUAUACACCAUGGAAAGCAACUUGCAAAAUACACGCUUCCAGAUAGUACGUCACAUUGGCUAUAGAACCUCGUUUUCAUGUUUGAGAUGUUAGGUUUUAAUUAACGUCACAUACACGAAACCGAGGCUUCCAAAUUCCAAAAGUUGUGAGAGGGUCCCAUGUUUUUUUUGUUUUUUUUUUUGGGGGGGGGGCAAGGGCAGUAUUUUUCCGACAAACUCAAUUUGAAAAAAACUUUUCAGGAAAAGAACAUUAUAGUCCCCCCAACCGCCCCCCGCCCCCGUCGACAACUUUUAUGGUAAACAAUUUUCCGGACAAGAACGUUACAAUUGCUUUCGUAGCACUCUUUCCGAACUAACACUCGGCAGGCCUGCGUAUAUGCAGGUAUUCUUGACCACGAAGAUUCCGACAACAUUACCAAUUUUCCGACGGGUCUCAACAAUAGGGGGGCCAUGGACCCCCUGCCCCCCCCCCCGGCCACGGCGCCACUGCUUAUAUACGUGUACUGUGUCAACAUGGUUUUAUCUUUCAUCCUUGGCUUAGUCAAGGGAAAAUAGUUUGUUGUUUUCUCUGUAGAAAGGUAGCAUAACCUCCCUACAAUAAAUUAAUGAUGAUUUAAAAUUAGCUAUUGAUUGUACUUUUUUUACAGCUUGGUGAAAUUGCUGAAGUAACUAAUGCGAACUCAGUAUCACAACACGUUCCAGUGCAAGAUAAGAAACCGAUGAUAACAAGCAAACACGAGGUAAUUAAUAAUUACACCCCUUUGAGUCAACCUAUGUAUUAUCCACUAGUCAAUUGCCCAUAAUGCUUUGCUCUGCUUGAGGUAAACGUUUUUUACUCUAAUUAAUCUUAUUAAAGUUUGAUUAGGAAUUAACGUCUCCUUCAUGCACUUUUUAAACGUGCUGUGCGAGUUUCUACUGUAAAGAGGACAUUCGUUUUAUUAAUUUUUCAAGGUAAAUUUACCUACUCUUCACGAGGACAUAGAAAGCCCUGCAGUUUCGAGAAAAGUAAAAACUACUCUCUUCAAACCAGUGUAUCCUCAUCAGGGAACAAAGGUACAGUGAAGCAUGCAUGUUGUGGCGUUUGAUUUGAUAAAACAUUGCUGUACCGUGGAAAGUUUGUGAGUUUACGGCAACCAGAUUUAUGACCAGGUCAUUUUUUUACUCACUAAUCCGGGUUUUAAUAAUUCAAUGCAAAGCCCAGUCGAAUUGCAUUCACCACCCAACAUUUCGAUUCUGGAGUGUCUUCAUCAGAAGUGAGACAUUAGACUGGGGUGUCGAAACGUUGGGAUCAUUCAGCUGGGCUUUCGCCUUUGCAUUCGUUAAUUUAUUUACUUAAAAACGAGAGUUGCGAGAGAAAACAUGACUGAUUGCUGUACCAUUUUUAGAGUAAUGUUUUUGGGGAUUAAACGAUUGCUCCGGUUUAAAUCUAAUUCAAAUUAUCAUUUUCGGAUUGACGUAUUAGUUUAUUAUCUAAUAUACGGAUCGAAAGCAUUCGGGGUGUUUUCUUCAAACCAAAACGUUAAACGAUUUAAUGUAAGAAUGAAAGUGUAUUUAUUUGCAUGGAUCGCGGUAAAUUAAACAUAAUCGUGCUUACACCGAACGUAGAAGCAUUUCCAAUGUUAUCUUUACAACCGUCGAUCAUAUCUUACAAUGAACAAUCGCAGAUAAAACACUGUUAGCUAGUUAGACAUGAUUGGCUGUUCAGAUUAAUACCCGCCAAAUGCUCUUGGCAAACAUGCCUUGGAAGUUUCACGUGAAAAAGGGAUGCUUUAUCUGUUUUAGGUUCUAAGAUACUUUGUAACCCUAUUUCUGUGUAGAUUGCUCGUACUUCAUUCGUGGACAGAGUUCGCUUAUACGCCAUCGCCGGAAGCGGCGGGAACGGGAGUCCUCGGACUGGUGCUCGUGGGGGAGAUGGUGGUGACAUCAUAUUAGAAUGCCGAUCAAGGGCAACAUUACGUCAUUUUCGCUUUAAAGAAAACAGAAGGCCGAAAGCAGGUCAUGGGCAGCAUUGUUCGUAAGCAAAUCACAGUACCUCGUCCCCAGGUGUCUAUAGCGAACUACAGAAAAUGAACUGAAGGGUUUGAGUUCUGGAGCGCCUGGCAGAACAUAUAUAAACUGCCAUGGCCGACUCCAUAGUUAAACUUAUCAGUUAAUAAGAAACCCAUUCGAUUAAGCUCAGAUUACUCCUCCCAAAGUACAGUAGCAUAAAAAUAUUUGUCAAAGUCAAAAAUAAUUUUCACACAGUACCUUGUAAAUAUAUUGGCCUUGUUUAGUAAUUACUAAAGAGUUGACAUAUUCAAAUUGCACUCAAACGUCAACUAAACGACCCGAUAAUUGUUUUGACGAAAGAUUAGAACAGACAGAGGGAAGUAGAUGACUUUCCCGAUCGACCCAAAAUCACAAUAUUGUUUAAAUAUAUAACAAGUGCAGCAAAAUGUAACAAUUUGCAAGAAUCGGACCAUUUUGCCACCAAACCAAACAAGAUCUGGCAGGCGUCUCAUAAUUUCCGCUUCCGUCUCCAUGUAGUUCGUUAUAAACAACUGCUGACGAGACAACAAACGACAUGAAGUUGAAAUAGCGCGCAAACGAGAAAUAUUGUGAGGAUUUUUUUACGAUCACGGUAAACCGUAGAUUGUCGUCUGAUCGACGUUAUAUUUACAGUACCUCUCUGCGGAACAUCUUAUUUUAUGUUUGUCCAUCAAUUUCUACGUCUAUUAACCGUAAUUGCCCAGUGGCAGACACAUGGUGAAAUAUUGGAGUUCGAAAGAAGGUUGACCUAUUCACGCCCGCCUGUUGCUAUACAGCCUAUAGUAUAUAUUCACUUAACCGACGUAAAUGCCAGUUGACGGUGUUGACCAUGUCAAACGGGAGGGUCCAUUGAUUCCUGGUAGUAUUACACAAUAAGAUGUCGUGGUUUCUGUCUGAACUACAGUACGUGAAAGGGUCAAUUCAAAUAAAUGCCCUGCGUCGGGCUGUACUAGUAGACUGGCUACCCACCUUUUGAUGAAGGGACUUAAUCUUUUUUCAGGUACAAUUGUUUGAUUACGAAUCUCAGCUGUUCAUUAACAAUGAUAACAAUUUUUCACUUCAGCACACAAGCAAAAAGAGUCCAUGGUCAACGAGGUGAGGAUCUUAUCAUCCCUGUCCCUCUGGGUACGUUAGUGAGAGAUGAAAGAACUGGUCGCGUAAUUGCAGAUUUGAACGAAGUGGGACGGCAAGUCAAAAUGGUCAGCGGUGGCCGUGGUGGAUCUUCAAUGACGUCAGCAGGAGGUGGAGAGAAAGGGGAGAGAAGGAUGAUUAUUUUAGAAUAUAAGAUGUACACUGACGUUGGUCUGGUGGGGUGAGUGUGUUUCUAUUCUAGCUGAACAUUGUUGGAAAUGGAAUUUGGCCCAUUCACGGCUGCCGAGACAGGACCAACUUGUUCCGCACCCCAACAUUAUGUACAUUACAUGAUGUAAUGUACUACCCGCCCCUUCCCCAACUGGAAAGGCAGCCGAAAUUCUGGAAUACAGGGUAAAGUCUUGGGUGUGCUAUUUUUAUACUCUCCUCCGCAGAGAUUUUCAAUAAUAGUCUUGGGGUUUUCGAGCAUUUUUAACCUUAAACGCAGGCAAGUCCACUUUGUUUCGGGCAAUUUCAAAUCCAAAGUGGCAGAGUACGCAUGUGAGUAAAGGGCUUCUGUGGCGCAAUCGUCAGAGCAAGCGCCUAUCACCUCUGGGAUUGUGGGUUCGAUCCUCACAUCAAACUAAUGACACUAACUUACAGUAUGUGAAAAGAGUUAGUCCACGCUCUUCCGAAAGUCGUGGGUUUUCUCCGGGUACUCUUGUUUCCUCCCACAGGGAAUGUUGACAGGGUGGGUUGGGAUUAGCCCUCUAACGGACCCUUCCAAUCCACCGUAGCUGUGCUGCGUGGCCAGACAUGAGUCAUAAGGUGGCUGCAAGAGGCGCCCUUAGUAAGCCUUCGACUGGAUCAAGUUGACUUGCGUCCUUCGCAAUUCAGCUUAGCUCUCAGCUGCAAGUAAGGAUGAUUAGCUUACCCCACUUACUUACAUGAAGUUUUCAUAGCGAGCCGUUAUUUGUGAUACUGCCUCUAGUUCAACGUUUCUACUGUUUUAUUAGAUUUCCGAACGCAGGCAAGUCCACCUUGUUGCGGGCAAUUUCAAAUGCCAAACCCAAAGUGGCAGAGUACGCAUGUAAGUAAACUUUGAUGUCAGAAGAAUGCAUAUAUUGUUUAUAUUUACUUCACGUAAUCGAAAUUUAUUGACUAUCCUUUGUUAGUUACGUCACUCAGUCCAACGUUAGGAAGAAUGCAGUUUGAUGAUUUCAGUCAGGUUAGUUUUACCCUUCUUAGUAAAUUUUGCAAAGUUGUGUCAUGUUUCCAUCUUUCUACUUUUUACGUCAGUGGCGUUCCCUAACAUAAUAUAGGUUUACUCUCGAUUUCAAUUUGCUUUUCAAAACUGACUUCCAAUGUUUACUUGUAAAUUCGAAAUUUUUCGUUGUAAAGUUCCGAAGUUUGUUUCGAAGUUCGUUCCGAUGAUUUACGAUAAUCAAGUUUAGUAAGUUGUAAUUGGCUAGUUAAGUGAGCCAGCCAAUCAAAUCGCUUGCUAUUGAAUCAUCGUAAAUCAUCGUAACGAACUUCGAAACAAACUUCGGAACUUUACAACGAACAUUCCGAAUUUACAAGUAAACAUUGGAAGUCAGUUUUGAAAAGCAAAUUGAAAUCGAGAGUAAGUUGUGGAGUCACACGGCAUACUCUUCAUGUGCCGAACUUAAAGAAUCACAGUCAACCGUGAUGCUUCGCGCGCGCUAUGUAAAUAUUUAUAUAAAUGACAUUGCACCCUUGUUAGACCUGUUCAUAAAAUAAACUGUAAAUAACUAAUGAUAUACAUUAGCUUUAUUUUUAACAAAAAACGUUAAGACAUUUACCCGGUGUUUUUUGAUGAAAUCCUGAUUCCUGUUCGUCCAUGCUUUGAUGCAAUUCGUCCAUGCUUUGACGGAGCAGGAUUUCGGCGAACUCUCUAUGUUUCGCCCCUAUAUUCCCAGGCUUUCUUUCCUUUCCGUCCAAAGGACGUACGUUGAACUUGUCAACGAUAUUCUUUUUUAUAGACGCUUCUCGGUCUUCCACGAACGGGAAAUACAGAAGCCAUGAUUAGCCAUGUACUUUAUAAAAUGAGAAAACGUUCUAAAAUCAUUGGUUAAGAUAUAAACACACACGCCAAAAUCUCGAUCAAUGAUCUAUUAACAUAUUCCAAUUAUGAGAAAUAUGACAUCGUCUAAGAAUAUAUGCAGAUUGAUAAGGAUACGCUUCCAAUGCCAAUCUUUCGUCACUGAAGUGGCCUAUUUAAAUGGCGGAAUACAAAACAAGGUUAGCACUUUUUUCCAUCCAGCAAACCGCCCUAUUGAUUUUGUAAAGUCGUUUCUUUUUGGAUUUUUUUGGUUAGAGUUAGGGUUGAGGUUAGGGUUAGGGGUUAGGGUAGGGUUUGGGUUAGUUACAUAGCCAUUUAACACCUCUUCCAUCUUCCGAAAAUGACGUCAGGUCAGUUUGCUGGAUGGAAAAUAGUGCUAACCACAAAACAAUCAAAACAUUUUAGCGCGCAAAGCAUCACGGUCGACUGUGAUUCUUUAAUUGUAUUAGAUGCGAUGCUGGAGCGACACAAGAACGGCAGUGAUUUGUUGUUUGUUUCUCUUUUACAAUUGGAUCGAAAAGGUGGUCCAAUUCUAAAAGAGAAACAAACAACAAAAUACAAUAGAGAGGUUCAGAUUUGACUUCCACAACCGCUACCAUUAUAUAUUUAACAACUAUAAAACAUUUUCCGUGUUGAUAUACAGUUAUAUCAACACGAGUGGAAAUUGGAAAAACGAGAAAUUGUGUGGUUUUAUAUUUGUUUUAUAAUAUUGCACAAAGAAAUAUAAAGAAAUAAAUUUUCCGACGUUUCCGUGUUGACAUUGAGUUAUAUCAACACGGCUCUUAGCCAAUCAGCGUUCAGAAUUUACAAAUGCUAUAUAUAUAUAUAUAUAUAUAUAUAUAUAUAUAUAUAUAUAUAUAUAUAUAUAUAUAUAUAUAUAUAUAUAUAUAUAUAUAUAUAUACUUCCUAGUUGCUUAUACUGAAAAUAAUUUUGUAUUCCAUUCUUUAUAGUUGACAGUGGUUGAUCUGCCUGGUUUAAUAGAAGGCGCGCAUCAAAACAAAGGACUGGGGCUCAAAUUUCUACGCCAUAUCGAAAGGGCAAGGAUGUUGAUGUUUGUGGUAAAUAAAUAUGGUUUUAACACAGCUAGAUCUCACCCUAGUAUUGUAGUGUAAUGUGAUACCAUACAUAAAGCCAAACUUUUAUAUACUCCUCCAUUAAUAUUAAUUUCAGACAUGAUUGAGGGCGGUUAUUUGAGAGGGGGAAGCUUAAUAGAGAGGGAGCUUAAUAGAGAGGGAAAGCUUAAUAGAGAGAAGCUUCAUAGAGAGGGGAAUCUUGAUAGACAGGGGAAGCUUAGGAAAACAUGGUGUCGGAAGGUGUGAGCUUUAAGAGCUCUUUCGUAAUAUUUAUUAUAUUGACCAUACUUAUUAAGAAUCUGCCUAAAGAUACGAGAAAUGACACACAUAUAAAUCAAGUAAACAUUGAAAAACUCGUAGCCGCAUGGGAAACUUGUCAAGUGAAAAUUUCUUCCGUAGUACCGAAGUCGGCGAUAGAGCGAGACCUGAAGACAAGACAAAUUCUAACGCCGAGCAGCAAAUGUGUGCUGGCUAUUAGACUGCUAAACUGUUGUUUAGCAGCAAAUCUCAUUCUGCUAUGUAAUGAUGUAAAUGAAAAUCCAGGUCCUGAUCAAGUUAACGUUUCAGAGAUUAAAGGCCUUCGUAUUAUUCAUCUCAAUGUAUGCAGCCUACGCAAUAAGAUGGCUGAAAUCCGCCUUUUCUGUGAUAGACACAAGCCACACAUUCUUUCAUUGAACGAGACGUGGCUUGAUGGAUCAUUUCCUGAUAAUCAAAUGUCACUAGCUGGAUAUAGACUUCUUAGACAGGAUCGAGAUUGCUAUGGCGGUGGUGUGGCAGUUUAUGUGGAUGAAGCCCUGGACUUUGAACGUCUGGAAGUAAUUACUGACAUUGAAGUUAUAUGGUUUGAGUUGAAGCCGUCGAAGGGUAAGAAUAUACUGUUUGGAGCUUUCUAUAGACCUCCUAACUUUGAUGCUAUAAUAUUUGUUGAUAAGCUUGAAGAAAUGUUAAGAACCUUUGCUCGGGAUGAUAUUGAGAUGGUUUUAUUGGGAGAUUUUAAUUUUAAUUUGGCGUGCACUGCUUCAUUAAAUACGUCAGCUAGACGUUUUCUACGAGCCACAAGACGGUUUUGUUUACAACAACUGAUUAAAAAGCCCACCAGGGUUACAGAAAUUUCAAGUUCAUUGAUCGAUUUAAUAUUCACUACAAAGCCUGAACUUUAUCGUUCUGGAGUAUUCCCGGUCGGUUUUACGGACCAUUUUGCUAUCUUUGGG